CCUAAUAAAAAGAAAUCCUACUAUUCCAUAACCGAGUCGCAUCAGAAUUAAACCCUGAAUUGAACAUCAUGGCUUCGAAUACGGAAACCGUCCGAAUCGGCUAUGUUCCCGAACAUUAUCUCACCCCUCUCCACAUUGUCCUCCGCUCCCCUGCUCUCGCAUCACUUCCAUUCAAGAUCUCUGUAGUUCCGUUCCCAUCCGGGACGGGACACAUGAUCACUUCCCUCCGUGAGAAGGAAAUUGACCUUGCAAUUGGAUUGACUGAGGGCUGGGUCGCCGGUCUGGCUGGUAAACAGCAGGCACAGAAGGAUGCGGCCUCGGGUGGAUACAAGGUAGUCGGGGAAUGGGUUGCUACACCAUUACGAUGGGCUAUCGUCACGGGCAGAGAGAGAGAGGACAUUCAUGGUGUUAUUGAUCUGAAGGACAAACGAGUCGGUGUCAGUCGGUUGGGCAGUGGCUCCCAUAUCAUGUCAUUUGUCCUCGCUCAGAAACACGGUUGGAAAUCCGACUCCUUGACCAGCGUCCCACUGGGACCAUUCCAGGCUCUGCGCAACGGGGUGACUGGGUAUGAUGUCUCACAGCCGGAGAAGAAGCCUGAGCCAACAGCGGAAUUCUUCAUGUGGGAGCAUUUUACCACGAAGCCAUACUUCCACCCAACGGAUGAGAAGCCUCAUCCACCACUCAAGAAAAUUGGAGAGAUCUACACACCAUGGCCGUCAUGGAUGAUCGUUGCGUCGACAGCUGUAUUUCCCGAUCCAGAGAAUGAUGGCAAGCUGCAGCAAUUAUUCAAGCUCCUGGAUCAAGGUAUCAAGGAAUUUGAAGCAGACACGGCGCAGGCUGUGAAGUUGCUUGGUACUGGAGAGCUGGGAUGUACGUAUGGAGAGGAGGAUGCGACGGAAUGGUUGAAGGAUGUCAAGUUCGUCCAUGGUACAAAAGGUGUAGAUCGGAAGACCAUCGAAGGUGUAGUGGAUGUUCUCAAGGUAGCAGGGGUUAUUGACAGUGGAAUGAGUAAUAAUGAGGCUAUUGAGAGGGUGGUAGGCAUUCGCCGAUAGAUUUGGCCAGACCCAUGGUGUUUAAAAAGCCACAAUCAAGCUCUUGGUUGUGGUCCCACAAAAGGAAUUGUGAGCGACAUGUUUAUUUUAAUAUAUUACAUUGCCAUGCCUAGAGGGGGAAGUGGUGUUAUGAUACUCUAGGAAGUUACUGCCUGGGGCAGAUAAUACUAUGGUCAAACUUCACCAUUUCCUACACCAAGGAAACUUUACACGAAAGGGAUGAUGACAAAUUCGCUUGUCGCGUGCUUCACAUAUCUCAUUGUCAGGACGACAAGGAAGCAUUCCUCGGCUGUGUCAAAGUCUUGCUCUCAACCAAGUUGCGGUUCAAAUUCUGACUAAAUUAUAGUCCCUUUUCUCUUGUCUUGUGAUACAGUUUUGACUGCCCGUGAACUGUUGGCUGAAAUGAUAUAUAGGGUAGUACAGUGGCGCACGAGGCGCCGCAGAUGCCUAUGGAUCUUCCGAUCUAUAGUUAUACAUGCUCGUGGAGUACCG